CCGCAGACAUGCCCAGUGCGAGCUGAAGCGCUAACCUGCAGCCGUGCUCAGUCUCGGAGCCCAGCAGCUGCUCUGAUCCGCUCAGGCGGACUGGCAACGAGGCGUUCUUCUCAAAUCCGGCUAUUACAGUUGCAGUUGUGGAUGUGAUUCUCUCUCUCUCUUUCUCUGUCUCUCUCUCUCUCUCUCUGUCUCUCUCUCUCUCUGUGAUGAACUGGCUCAGUAAUGUGGGAGACGGCGAUUCUGUCAGCGGCUCAAGAUGGCAGAUUUUUUCCUGAGUUCUGAACUGAAGCAUCUCUUCCCAUUUUUGCCAUGAAUAGCAGAAACCCUUGCACCGAUGGCCCCUGUAUACGAAGGUAUGGCCUCGCAAGUGCAAGUCUUUUCCCCGCACACUCUCCAGUCAAGUGCCUUCUUUAGCGUGAAGAAACUGAAGGUGGAGCAAAGUUGCAACUGGGAUAUGACAGGGUACGGCACGCACAGCAAGGUCUACGGUCAGAACAGCAAGCAGAGUGUGUCUGCUGCCCCAGUGGGCCUCAACGCCGCGUCGCUCCAGGUCUCCAACUCCUCCCUGCCAUACGAGCAAGCUCUCCUCUUCCCCGCCAGCUCUGGCCAUAUUGUGGUUGCCUCAGCGAGUAGCACGUCUGGGGUGGCUGGCCAGCUUUUGGGGAGCACGGGCAGCAGUAGUGGCAGUGGCAGCGGAGGACACAACCUGACGCGUCGCAGCACUGUGAGCUUGCUGGAUACGUACCAGCGAUGCGGGCUUAAGCGCAAGAGCGAGGAGCUUGACAACAACAACGGCAGUGGAAGCAGUGUACACGUGGUGGAGGAGCUGCAGCAGCCUCCAGCAGCGCCGAUGCUCCAGAACAAUGGCCAGAGUGGCCCUACGGGCACCGUGGCCACUGCCUCCACAACAGCCACAUCCAAGACCAGUGGCGCCAACAGUGAGGGUGACUAUCAGCUCCUGCAGCACGAGGUUCUAUGCUCCAUGACCAACACAUAUGAGGUGCUGGAGUUUUUAGGUCGAGGUACCUUUGGGCAGGUGGUAAAGUGCUGGAAGCGUGGCACCAGUGAGAUUGUGGCCAUCAAGAUCCUGAAGAACCACCCAUCAUACGCACGCCAGGGCCAGAUCGAGGUCAGCAUCCUGGCACGCCUUAGCACGGAGAGUGCAGAUGACUACAACUUUGUGCGGGCGUACGAGUGCUUCCAGCACAAGAACCACACGUGCCUGGUCUUCGAGAUGUUGGAGCAGAACCUGUACGACUUCCUCAAGCAGAACAAGUUCAGCCCGCUGCCCCUUAAGUACAUCCGGCCUAUUCUGCAACAGGUGGCUACAGCGCUGAUGAAGCUCAAGAGUCUGGGUCUGAUUCAUGCAGACCUCAAGCCUGAGAACAUCAUGCUGGUGGAUCCUGCUCGGCAACCCUACCGAGUCAAAGUCAUAGACUUUGGCUCUGCCAGUCAUGUGUCCAAAGCUGUGUGCUCCACUUACCUCCAGUCCCGAUACUACAGAGCUCCAGAGAUCAUCCUUGGCCUGCCCUUCUGUGAGGCUAUAGACAUGUGGUCCUUGGGCUGCGUCAUCGCUGAGCUCUUCCUGGGCUGGCCGCUCUACCCUGGCGCGUCUGAGUACGAUCAAAUUCGGUACAUUUCACAAACACAGGGGCUGCCGGCGGAGUAUCUGCUGAGUGCAGGAACCAAAACCACCAGGUUCUUCAACAGAGACCCGGAUUCCACCUAUCCACUGUGGAGAUUAAAGACGCCAGAGGAUCAUGAGGGUGAGACAGGGAUCAAGUCUAAGGAGGCCCGCAAGUACAUUUUCAACUGCCUGGACGAUAUGGCACAGGUGAACGUGAGCACAGAGCUGGAGGGCAGUGACAUGCUGGCGGAGAAGGCAGACCGGAGAGAGUUCAUCGACCUGCUGACCAAGAUGCUGACCAUCGACGCAGAUAAAAGGAUCACGCCCAUCGAGACUCUUAACCAUCCGUUCGUUACGAUGGCUCACCUGCUGGACUUCCCCCACAGCACACACGUCAAAUCCUGCUUCCAGAACAUGGAGAUUUGUAAGCGACGCGUGAACAUGUACGACGCGGUCAACCAGAGCAAGACCCCGUUCAUCACACACGUAGCACCCAGCACUUCCACCAACCUCACCAUGACCUUUAACAACCAGCUCAACACUGUGCACAGCCAGGCCACCAACCUGGCUCCCUCCUCCACCAGUGCCACCCUUUCCCUUGCCAAUCCUGAUGUCUCCAUACUAAACUACCAAUCUGCACUCUACCAGCCUCCUGCAGCGCCCAUGGCUGCCGUGGCACCCAGGACCAUGCCCUUGCAGCCUGGAGCCCCUCAGCUUUGUGCCACUCGGCCUGACCCCUUCCAGCAGGCGCUCAUUGUUUGCCCGCCCACCUUCCAAGGGUUGCAGGCGUCCCCCUCCAAGCACAGCGGCUACUCCGUACGGAUGGAGAAUGCUGUUCCCAUAGUGACUCAGGCCCCGGGUGGUCAACCCCUGCAGAUCCAACCUGGCCUUCUCACACAGCAGGCCUGGCCCUCCGGUACCCAGCAGAUCUUGCUGCCCCCAGCAUGGCAGCAGCUCACCCACACCUCUGUACAGCACGCCACCGUCAUCCCGGACUCCAUGAGCACCUCUCAGCCCCUGACCAACUGGAGGAAUGCCCAUCCCCAUGGCAGCCAUUACAACCCCAUCAUGCAACAGCCAGCCUUGCUUGCCGGUCACGUCUCCCUGCCUUCCCAACAACCUUUGAACGUGGGCGUGGCUCAUGUAAUGAGGCAGCCGUCAAACAACAACUCAUCCUCUAAAAAGAGCAAGCCACAGCAGAUAAGCAACAGGAAUAUGUCCGCCUAUGAGGUUUCCUCGUCCCAGGCGGUGUUGUCUCCUCAGCGCUCGAAGCGUGUUAAAGAGAACACACCCCCACGCUGCGCUGUGGUCCAAAACCCCCCAGCUCCCUGUGCCCCGCCCCAGGCCUGCGGAGGAGGAGGAGGAGGGUGGGGAGAAGAGCAGGCCUCUAGCACAACGCGAGAGCACCACGGACCACACAACCAACACCUACAACACAACCCACCUCGGCAGACCAUCGUCAUCCCCGACACCCCAAGUCCGGCUGUCAGCAUCAUCACCAUCAGCAGCGACACGGAUGAGGAGGAUGAGCACAAGCAGCCUAGUAACACCAGCACAUCGUCCAAGCAGCGGAAGAACGUCAUCAGCUGUGUCACCGUCCACGACUCCCCAGAUUCGGACUCCAGCAAUAACAGCCCCUACGCUCUCGAGUCCCGGACCAACGCUCUCAGCGCUAACAACUACGACUCUAAGGGUACCGUGCUGGACGACUACAACAACGGCAAUCCCCGGACCAUCAUCAUCCCUCCCCUGAAGAGCCAGACCAGCGGGGCGUUGAGCGAGUGUGAUCGGCUUGUGCCUGACACGAUGAACCACCAGAAUCCUGCUUAUAAGUUUAAAUCCUCCAAUGAAGGCCUGUCGGCCAACAUUCACGCGUCAGGGGGUGGUCCUGGAGGCGGAGCAUACCGGCAGCAGCGUUCUGGGCCGCACCCCUUCCAGCAGCAGCCGCUCAAUCUCAGCCAGGCUCAGCAGCACAUGGCGGUGGAGAGAAAUGCAGGGCACAGGAGACAGCAAGCCUAUAUCACACCCACGAUGGCGGCUCAAGCUCCCUAUUCCUUUCACCACAACAGUCCCUCCCACAGCGCUAACGUGCACCACCCCCAUCUAGCUGCCACUCACUUAUCUGGGCAACCCCACCUUUACACGUACACCACCCCUGCUGCUCUGGGAUCCACUGGCACGGUGGCACAUCUGGUGGCGUCGCAGGGUUCAGCGCACCAUGCAGUCCAACACGCCGGCUACCCACCAAGCAUCGUGCACCAGGUACCCGUCAGCAUGAGCCACCGCGUGCUGCCAUCCCCUACGCUGCACCACAGCCAGUACCAGCCCCAGUUUGCCCACCAAACUUACAUCAGUGCUUCGCCCGCCUCCACUGUCUACACUGGAUAUCCCUUGAGCCCCACCAAGAUGAACCAAUACCCGUAUCUCUAGACCCGAAAACACUGGAGCCGAGUCCGACGCUGCUUCCCGUUCUCUCCCCACUAAAGACUUGAGUCGGUGACAAAUGCCUAAGCUUAACCGCCCUGACCCGUUUUCCCCCGCCCCCGUCCCUGUCCCCGUCACGCUUAAACUUGAAGACAAUGAAGACGCUCGAUGGAGAAAGGAAGAGUACUCUGAGAGGGAAGGGAUGAGUUUAAAAGGAGUUUGCUUUGCAUAUGAGUUGUUGUUUUUUUAACAAGGCCAGUUUAGUCGUCUUUUAUUAUUAUUUUCAAUCUGGAAAUCAUAUCUUUAUUUUUUGUCGCAUUUAUUUCUUUUACGACAUGGUCACGUCUGUCGGCAUUUUGGGAGAGACUGGGAGUCUUAUUAUCUCACUUGUAUUUUUUUUGUGUUUCUUCUUCUUGUUGUUUUUUUUUCUUUGACGGACUGUUGAUCUGAGGUCACGUGGUGGAUGAGAACGUUAUAUAUAAGGUGAAAUACGGAUAUCUGCUGCUCUACAAAGAAAUAAAAAUGAAAACGAUGGCCUUGAACUGUCUUAAACAUUUCCGAAUCGCUCACGGACGGCGACCGGUGCCACGCGUACUCCGCCGUCCUCUCCUAACAACAGCCGGAGGAAUCUUCUGGAAAUAUAAGAGGAAAAAAAUAAUAAGACAAAAGACUUUCUAGUGUAUUUAUAGAUUUGUUUUUUCUUCUUCUUCUCUGUUUGCGUUCAUAUUUAGAAAAGAAAGAAAAUAAGUUUUGUCAUACAGUAGGACAUUUAGCCAGCCCCUCCCACCCGCCUUUUUUUUUUUAGAAUGUAGCAAACUUCACCCGCUUAUUAUUUUAUGAAGAACCUUUCUGAUGCCAAUAGAAAUUUAGUUUUUGUUCCUCCUCUUUAAAUGUGAUUGCACAACGUUGUUGUAAUGACGUAAGCAUGUAUAACAUAAUAGUCUGUGCACGUGUGUGCUGCUGUUGGCCAUGUGCGUGGUACACCUUCCUCUGCACCUUUUGUGCGAUAUAUUCCUCCACGGUCUUAGGUUUAUCGUUGUUCCCUCGUAGUGCCUUACACAUAUUACAGCAGUUUACUUGGCUGGAAAAAAACAACAACAACAACAAAAAAAACUAUUAGAACCAACAGGAACCUAUUCAGACUGGACUGUUGGCUUCUAGAUUGGACAUCUUUGUCUGAGAUGUUUUGUUCUUAACUUCCAGGUGUAAGCCUAGUCCUAAAUGUAAUUAUCUAGAUUAUUAUACACCACACCAUUUCGUACAACAGUGCUUCUUGUUUAGCAUGCAUGAGCUUAAUUGAAAAUUUAGACCAAGAUACUUCCUCGGAGUAACGAACCAAAGUUGUCACUCGGUAAAGAUUAGUAACAUUUUGUUACUGUAUUAUGUAUAGUAUGUUUACUGUAGAGAGUACCUGUGUGUGUGUGUCUUAGGAACCUUUUCAGUGGCACUGAGCUUUUUUUAAAAAAAAUAAAUAAUUUUUUUAUAAUAAUAAUA